AUGAGAUCUAUUAAAUGUGUAGUUAUCGGAGACGGUGCUGUCGGUAAAACUUCUUUAUUAAUAUCAUACACUACAAAUACUUUCCCACAAGAUUAUGUACCUACAGUAUUCGACAAUUAUACAACAACAGUUUCAUUAAGGGAUCCUAAUGCACCUGCAUCAAAUUCAAAUAAUGAUUCAAUUGAACAAGAUACUCCAUCUGGUCCAAUUUCUACUCAUUCAAAUGAACAUUUAAGAGUCUUUAAAUUAAAUUUAUGGGAUACUGCAGGGCAAGAGGAAUAUGAUCGAUUAAGACCUUUAUCAUAUCCACAGACUGAUAUUUUUUUAAUUUGUUUUUCUGUCACCGAAAGAAAUUCCUUUAGAAAUGUUUGUGAUAAAUGGUUACCUGAAUUAAAAUCAAAUUCAAAUAUUGAAAAUAAUUCUUUAUUUACUAAAUUUAAUAAAUUACCAAUUUUAUUAAUUGGGACAAAAUCUGAUUUAGAAGGCACAAUUAAUGAAACUGAUUCAAAUUUUAUAUCUCAAGAAGAAAUUCAAAAAUGUGUUGAAGAUAAUGGAUUUAUGGGUUAUGUUCAAUGUUCUGCAAUGACUCAGAUUGGUGUUAGAGAAGUCUUUGAAAGAGCCAUUGAUGCAGUGGUUUUUGAACCUGAAAGAUUGGCAAAUAAACAGAAAAAAUCAAUUAUACCAGAUAUUGGCAAUACAACAACAACAUCCACAACAAAUGCAGUAAAUGGAACUGUAACAACAAACUCUAAUGGUGUUGAAACAAAAAAAUUUAAGUUAUUAGAUCAUCAUACUUCUCAUAGCAAUAAAAGUGAUCCUCGUUUAACAUCUCCUACGAAUACCGAUUCUGCUAACAUAAUUACUAAUUCUAGUAAUAAUAAGAAACAGCAAAGUGAUAAUACUAAUGGAACAUCUCAUACUCAUAGACAUUCAAAUAAUAAGGAUAAACCACUUUCAACAAGUGCUUCCAAUAGUCAUAGUCCAUCAUCAAAGAAAAAUAGCAAUAAAAAUAAAAAGAAGGAUAAAUGUGUAAUAAUGUAA